AUGACAAGCCAUUCACAUAGAAAACGAAGUCGUAUACGAUCAUCUGUUGUCUUUGUCGUUAUCUUCUUUUCGCUUGGUAUUGGUGUUCUCUUGUGGAAUUGGCAUCGCUAUUCCAAGUUGGCUUCGUCUGUGGAAGAAAUAUUCGAGGCAACAACCAAGAAUAAACACAUUGCUUCCUUUGUGCAGUCCAGUCGACCAGAUACUGGAACUUCCAUAAGUCAGGUGGCAGCUACAAUGGAUGGAUUUGCCAAAACACAGGAACUACCACCUCAGUCGUUAACGAAAUCAAAACCAAUCAUCCGGCUGAGUUCAGGUCCGAUUUUCUACAACGUCUUUGUCCCUGAUACACAUUUGCGAAAAACGAAAAAUAUAAUCAGUGAACAAUUGGAGGAAUACAGAUCGCUAGAUCCAAAUGCUUCUCUGCUCUACACCUUGAUUGCCGACAAGCAUGCGAAUGCGAUCGAUCGCUUGUUUCGUAGCAAUUGCACAGCUCCAAUGACUUGUACCGAACGAGCCAGGCUUUCAAAAGGGAAUGAAGAGGAUACCCUCCAGGCAUUGUGGGAGUACUGCUCGUUGGAAACGACCGCCUCGACCAACGAAGACGAUACAUUGGUGACGUAUAUUCAUGACAAGGGAUCCUUUCAUGCGUCACUAUCCAAUGAAGGAGCCCGAAAGAGAGGGACUCGAUGCGCUCUGUCCUGUCGGCAGCAAAUGAAAGCAAAACCUCGAAUGUGCAACAUUUGUACUAGUUUAUUCCAGAUGAUUCCACAAUAUCACGGAAGUGCAAAUAUGUGGACCGCAAGAUGUUCCUACAUAUCACGUCUCAAGUCUCCCAUGGAGUAUCCAAAUUUGCUGCAGACAAUGUACGAUACGACAUUGAAUCAUAGCACCAAACAGUACGAAGAAGCAUAUCUUUGUCUUCGGCCAAUUGAUCAAUCCCCCAAUCAUCUUGGGCUUGGUCGGUUUGCCAUGGAGCGAUGGGCCUUUUCGCAUCCUCAUGUACGACCCUGUGACAACAUUCCAUCCGAUGAUGUUCUAGCCGAAGAAUUUAUUGCUGGGAACUGGACCGCGGGAGACCUUCGCCGUGCUCCACGCAAGCAUCCAAAGACGGUCGGGUUUCAAUAUUACAAGACUUCCUUUGCUAGACUGGCUGGGAGGCUGUUUGAAUGGAAUUAUCUGUACGGGAAGGAACCUCCUCCAAAAGCAUGGCCGUGGAAGUGGUAUCGGGGCUUUGAGAAGGGGACUUCGCAAUUCUUGGAAUCCUGUCAACGAGCAUCAGCCGAUAAGAACGUAGACUAG